AUGGGUAACGAGCAGACGGUGUUUGACUGCCCGGCACGAAGUCUGGGAGACCACAACUGCGGGCAUAGCGAGGAUGCCGGGGUUGGAUGUACUGGAGAUCGACCCGUCAAAAUAAUCUGCCCAUCUAAUCAGACGAUCGAUUCAGAUUCAAACCAGAACUUCGCUACGGUCAACCUACCUGGUCCUGCCGCUUCGUACCACAGCAGCCUUGGAUGGUUCGAAAUCACUAUUGACGUGGAUGGUUCUACGCGUCGUGUUAAUGACGAAGUCAGAUUGAGUAUUGCAGACUCUCCACACGUCUUGCAAUUCAAUGCAAGUGAUGCAAACAACACUGCGACGUGCAGCACGCAAAUCUCCGUUGUUGGGAUAGGUGUUCGUUUGGUAGGCGGUUCAGACUCCAUGGAAGGUCGAGUUGAGGUGUUCUGGAACGGUGCUUGGGGGACGGUCUGUGAUGACGACUGGGACCUACAAGAUGCAACCGUUAUCUGCCGGGAACUGGGUUUUGGAGAAGCUUAUGCAGCUCCCCAUCAAGCUGCAUUUGGUCGAGGAACCGGAGAUAUACUGUUGGAUAAUGUUGAGUGCACGGGUAACGAAGAGACGGUGUUUGAUUGCACGGCAAUAAGGGGAUCGGGACACAACUGCGGGCAUAGCAAGGAUGCCGGGGUUCAAUGUACUGGAGAUCGACCCGUCAAAAUAAUCUGCCCAUCUAAUCAGACGAUCGAUUCAGAUUCAAACCAGAACUUCGCGACGGUCAACCUACCUGGUCCUGCCGCUUCGUACCACAGCAGCCUUGGAUGGCUCGAAAUCACUAUUGACGUGGAUGGUUCUACGCGUCGUGUUAAUGACGAAGUCAGAUUGAGUAUUGCAGACUCUCCACACGUCUUGCAAUUCAAUGCAAGUGAUGCAAACAACACUGCGACGUGCAGCACGCAAAUCUCCGUUGUUGUUAAUCAGCCGCCAGUGAUCACCUGCCCACCCAAUCAGACGAUUCAGACAUAUCCAAAUCAAAACUUCGCAACAGUAACCUUACCCGAACCAGCCUCUGCAUCCGACAACAGCGGAUGGUUCGAAAUCACCAUUGACGCGGAUGGUUCUACGCGUCGUGUAAAUGACAGAAUCAGUUUGAGUCUUACGCAGUCUAGACACACAUUGCAGUACACUGCAAGAGAUGCCAGCAACAACUUUGCCACAUGCACCAUGCAAAUCACUGUUAUAGGUCAGUGCCCAACCAACACAACCACUGACGGUCUGAGAUGGCCUGUAGCAGUAGCUGGAUCCACUGCCAAGUCUGUCCAACGAUGUCCACUGACAUCUGCAAAUGCUGGUCAACCCGUAGCUGUCCGAAACUGUUCAAAGUUGGAGGCGCCUCUCUACUUCCGAUGGGAGAAGCAGCAGACUCGUGGCUGCGGGGACAAGAAGGAAGUCUCUCUCGAUAACGUCGUCAAGGUUGAGGUUAGCAAAGGCAAUGCAGUCGAAGUGGCCGAGUUUCUUGCCAAUCAGACGUCAGAGUCAUCUAAGGAGGCAGAAGAUGUUACGAUGGUUGCCAGCAUUUUGGAGAACAUCGCAAAAGCAGGAUCGGGGGACAAAGAGGUGACAGAACUGGUGCUGGAGACUGUCAGCAAUGUCAUCAUGAGUGUUGGGCCUGAAACUCAUGACUCCGAGCCCACUCAGAUCGAGGCUGGUACCUCCUCAGCCAUCGUUAAGUCCGUUGAGACUCAAAUCUCCCUGACACUUCAGCAAGAGGGUAAAGUCAGUAUACGUCAGGACUCCAUCCACGUGGAGGCGGUCAGUCUUGAGCCAAACCAGACCAGGAACGGACUCAGCUUCGUGUCCGUGAAACAGUCUAAUGUGACGUCUCCUGGACAAGGGUCACCGCAAGAGGGCACCCUUGCCGGUACCGAGGUCGAGACUUUGUACUCUAGUAUGAUACCAAAGGAUCUCGAUGUCUUGGCAUCGGCUCGGUUGCCUGGCAACAUCACUAAUUUGCUACCGUCCCCUGAUGCUCAGCUGCAAGCCAGUUUCCUGAUUUACGCUGAUGACACGUUGUUCCAGUCUGCUUCGAUCAAAGAGCAUCGAGGGGAGGGUAACUCGACUCGAAAGGUCGCUGGAUCUGUCGUCUCACUGACUGUGGAGAAUGUUGAACUUGUCAACCUCACAGAACCAGUCGUGAUUGAAUUCAAGGAGGAAUCAAGCGAAGUCCACUGCGUGUCCUGGGACUUUGAGCUGGAAGAUGGAGUCGGCGAUUGGACGACAGAUGGAUGCGCGCUUGCUGAAGUGACCAAUAAGACAGUCGUGUGUAAUUGCUCUCAUGCUACCAACUUCGCAAUCCUAGUGGAUGUGAAGGGCCAAGCACCUGAUGACAAAGAUGACACUCCUGCUAAGCGAGCGCUUGAUAUCAUCAGCCAGGUUGGCGCUGCACUGUCGAUCAUAGCUCUGGCCAUCACGCUGAUCAUAUACUUAGCUAUCAGGAAACUGCGAAGCGGAAAAUCUCGUCAGAUCUUCAUCAAUUUCUGCUUCUCGUUGUUCAUGUUGUACAUCGUGUUCGUUGCCGGCGUCGACAAUGCUAAGGGUUCCGGAGGUGGUUGUGUGUUUGUGGCUGCUUUACUCCACUACUUGACUCUGUCCACCAUGAUGUGGAUGGCUGUUGAAGCCAGGAACAUGUACGUCAGUACGGUGAAGGUGUUCCCAGAAGACACGCCUCGAUACAUGCUUAAGGCUUGCCUCAUCGCUUGGGGUUCUCCAUUGAUUGUGUUGAUUAUCACCUUGGCUGCAGCAUCACAUCAUUAUGCCAACGAGCAUUACUGCUUCGUUGAGCCUGGUCUUGUGCUGUACCUCGGCCUCCUUGUUCCAAUUGGUCUCAUCCUCAUCCACAACAUCAUCACCUUCAUCUUAGUCAUGCGCAGUCUCCUGAAGGUCAAGGAGGCAUCUCGCUCCCAGCAGAUCUCCAAACGCCUCCAGAAUGCCGUGGGAAUCUCCGCCCUCAUGGGGUUGACCUGGUGUUUUGGGUUCCUGGCCAUCAACGAGGCAGCCUUUGCCUUCCAGCUCAUCUUCUGUCUGGCCAACUCCUUGCAGGGCGUGGUUGUGUUCAUCAUGUUCUGCGCUCGACGUGAGGAGGUCCGCACAGCCCUGGCGCCUUACAUGAAGCGCAUCUGCUGCGGCCAUGAGUGCCGCUUGCCCACACUGCAUCCUGAAAAGUCCAACGAGUCAGAAAUGGUGUCAGCGACGGCUCACACUCUACCGUCAGCCGGGCAGACUGCAGAAGUGGAGAUCUCUGUGACAACACCGCAAUAGGAAGACCACGUUGCAAUUUCAAAGAAAGGCUCACUACAAGGUUGAGCCAUUCUUGUGGCAUACAUUUGCUAAGUUCUGGGGUCGUUGAGGUACCAUUAUAACAGGUAACGUAAAGCAGAUAUUGACAUCCUCCAAGCCCUAAAGCGUCAUGUUCUAUGUUUAAUAAUCAAUACGUAUGGUGUUUCAUUUAAUAAAAUGUUUAGCAUAUUUCAUAAACUGCUUAGCAUGUUUUAAGCUGUGUUUAGAUUAUUAUACUGCAAGGAAUAAGGUAAAUAGUAAUGAAACACAGAGCUUUUUUAUAAUUACAUUAUUCUCAAAUUUAUAUAACAUUUCAACAAUUUUACAUUUCGACAUGAAAGAGGUUGAUUCGCGUG